UCAAGUACAGUGAACUUACGUAUUUAUUCGCGUUCCGAUGAACUACCGGACGCCUAUAAUCAGUAACAGUCGUUCUGAAUUUAUGCGAACUGUCUAUUGUUUGUCAGUACAUUCCCGUCCAGGACGGUUUUUCGCGAUCGCGGCACUCAUAAUACGAAUUGACUUUCUACAGAAUUCGCGGGCGGCAAGUUUUAUAAACUGUGUGUGGCAUAAGUAAACUUAAAUUGUGUGCGCCAGAAACAUUAAAACUGUGCACAUACGGACAUCUGUAACAACAAUUACAUCGACCAGCCUGUGGCCUGCAAAACGCCACUGUAAUACUGAGAUUAUUACCGCCAACAGACUUUUCGCUAAGAUAAGUGGAGGUUAUCCUAAUGCUACAUUUGUUGGGAUAAAUAGUGAUUGCAGAGAGCAUUUUAUAGAGCAUGGACUUCACAGAAACAUGAAAGGGAAAGAAGCCAUGAGUGCUGAAAUAUCGAAUGCUAUUAAAGACUCUAAAGUAGAACGAAACACUAUUACACUGUCCGAAAACGGCCUUAUUAAAGUAUCAACAUUAGUGGAAAUAGGAAGAGCUGAUGUCGCACAAUCAUUGGUAGCAACAGAAGAUUCUUUGACGUUAGAAGUAAAAAAAUCUGAAGUGUCGUCCAGUACAGCAGCCACAUCAGCCAAAUUGUCAGUAGUGUCGAAAUCAUCAGAAACAGCUGAACCAUUAUCAUCAGCAGCAGAUGUACCACCCUCCCCAGCAGGUUCAAAAUCAAGUCCAGAAUCUGUGACUAGUCCAUCAAUCAGAAGAACAGAGGCAAGAACAGUGGUACAAAAUGCCACUCAGAUAUCAUCAACAGAAGAAAAAUCAACACCAUCGGAGCAUCAUUUAUCAGCUUCAUACGCAGCUUCAACGUCCACAGUAACGUCAGUGCCAACUGUAGUUAAAGAUUUAAACGAAAAUACAGUUUCAGCAAAAGUUCCAGUAUCAAUUGGAACAUCACUUACAAAACCAGACUCAGCAUCAAAACUGGCAGCAUCUCCAACAUCCACUGAAUCAUCAGCUUCAGAAACACCUCCAGCAUCCACUGAAACAGCAGCUACAACUACAGAUAUGACAAGUAUGGUGGCACGUCCAGGGAUUUCCAGCUUAAUGAAUACCACCGCCCGCCCGAUUACAAGGAAAAGUCAUCAGCUGCAAUCACACGACCGUGGGAGCAGAUCUCAACGUUUCACCAGGACCAGCCAGCUGCCGUCAAUAUCGCGAUCAUCGUCACAACACACAAGAUAA